CAAGAAAGAAAAAUUUGACGCCGGUGAUGCGAAUCGAUUGUGUACAGUUGAGAAGAGGAGAAAAUGAUGAGUGAGCUCGUCGUGUGAAGUCGAAGACGAAGAAGAAGAAGAAGAAUGGUGGCUACUCCGUGGUAUUUUGUUGCUGUACUUCUCACCAUUCUCACCAGCUCUCAGGGGAUUUUAACAACUCUUUCUCAAAGCGAUGGAGGUUAUAAGUAUGAUUACGCAACUGUACCCUUUCUUGCUGAACUUUUUAAGCUGAUCAUUUCUGGUUUAUUUCUCUGGAGAGAGAUGCGGACAUCUUCUUCAACUACUGCUAGGAUUACUACGGAUUGGAAGAGUGUGCGCUUAUUUGUUAUUCCGUCUCUUAUAUACCUGAUACAUAACAAUGUGCAGUUUGCUACAUUGACUUAUGUGGACACAUCCACUUAUCAGAUUAUGGGUAAUUUGAAGAUUGUGACCACUGGCAUACUGUUUAGGUUAUUUUUGAAAAGGAGACUAUCUAAACUUCAGUGGAUGGCGAUUGGUCUUUUAGCUGUUGGAACAACUACCAGCCAGGUUAAGGGAUGUGGAGAAGCUUCAUGUGAUUCUUUAUUCACGGCACCUAUACAAGGUUAUUUGCUGGGCAUCCUCUCAGCUGGUUUGUCUGCGCUAGCCGGAAUCUACACAGAGUUUCUGAUGAAGAGAAACAACGACACCUUAUACUGGCAAAACUUGCAGUUAUAUACGUUUGGCUCUCUUUUCAACGUUGCCCGGCUUAUAGCAGAUGAUUUCCGACACGGGUUUGAAAAGGGUCCUUGGUGGCAACGUAUCUUUGAUGGGUGUAGCAUCACCACUUGGAUGGUAGUUCUGAAUCUCGGAUCCACCGGCUUACUGGUCUCGUGGUUAAUGAAGUAUGCAGACAAUAUUGUGAAGGUUUAUUCUACAUCAAUCACAAUGCUACUUACUAUGGUUGCAUCCAUAUACCUCUUCAGCUUCAAACCAUCACUGCAGCUUUUCUUGGGUAUUAUCAUGUGCAUCAUAUCGAUUGUCGAAAAAGAAGAUUCCAUUGUUCGAUUCCUACAAUCCAUCGCCUGUUGGGAAAUCUGGGAUUGCCUCGUGUCGAGCGAGAUCACCGGGAAAGAUAAAGACAAACAUGGUGAUCCCUCUCAAGCUUGUAACAGCGGUUCUCUUCUUACAAGUAUACAAUUCCAAUUCAUUUUCCGUCUCGUCCUUGUGUAGUAUCUUGGGCAACUCUCUCGGGCUUUUUUUUUUUGCUUGGGUUUUCCAUUUAGGAGUUCUGCCAAUUUCAUUUCACUUGAUGAUCAUGCUAUUUCUCUUGACGUAUAUAUAGUGAAACUUGUUCGCUUUAUUGCUAAAAAUAGGUAUGAUUGUGAUGUUGCAGGUGAUAUUUUCCUCAGUUCUAGUCAGUGGUCUAAGUAAAAGACAUUCAAGAGAGUAUUUCGCAAUGUAUGACAUAUGUGGAGAGCACAGCGUGGAGAAGUCCUUAACUGUCCUUAUGGUUCGCCAUCAAUAAAGGCUGAUGAACUAUUUUCUGCCAAUUUCCAAAGCCUGUGUCCAAUCAUAAGUGGGAACGUCUGUUGUACAGAAACUCAAUUCGACACUUUGAGGUCUCAAGACAGUAUUUUUUUAAGACCAAGAAGAAGGUGUUCUUGAACACAAAAAGGACUGUAUCAGACGUGCCAGAGCGAUUUUCGAUAGAGCCAACACAUAUUACAAAGACUCUGCACCAGAGCUGAAGGAAGAACGAGCUACACUCUUGGAGGAUUGGCUGAACGUGGAGACGAGCUUUGGUAACCUCGGGGAUGUCAGUAUUGUCCGAUCGAAGCUUCUAAAGAAGCUCAAGAAGAGAAAGCAGAUCACGAGAGAAACGGUUCAACAGAGUACGAAGAAUACAUCGAUUAUAUGUACCCAGAAGAAUCGCAGACGACGAAUCUCAAGAUUCUCGAAGCUGCAUACAAAUGGAAGAAACAGAAGGUUGCUGCUUCUGAGGAGGAUUAAUAUUCCUAAGCUUCUUCUUUUAAAAUUAUUUUAAGUCAAAAUCAAAACUAUUGAGUUGCUUUGUAUUCUUACUUAGUUCUCUGUACAUCGUCACUCAUCCUGUUUGAUUUGGCAGUAAUUUUUGUCAUCCAAGCAACAGUCAAAAACUCAAA